AUGUCGGGUCUGGCGCGCAAAGUCGUCAUCUGCGCUACCGUCGACGGGCUGGUACUGCACCCGCUCAACUCGCGGAGGGACCCCAACCAGCAGCAGCGCUCUUCCACGCCCGCUCCAGUCCGCAUAAAGUACGGCAACGCCUCUAUCUCCCCUGUCCCGCGCGACUCUGCACCCGAUCUCUCGUCUCUCCCGCCCAACGGUUCGUUUGAGGCGUUUGGUAUUGUCGGCCUGGUCACGGUCUUCCACUACAGCUACCUCAUUUCCAUCACGCGCCGCCAGCAGGUCGCGCAGAUCCGCGGUCUGCCCGUCUACGUCGUUACCGAGGUCGCUCUGACGCCAUGCACGUCGCGGCAUGAUGCGGCCGAGGCCGUGGCCAAGACUGCGGCGGCGCUGAGGGUUAGAAAGGAGAAGCAGCAAGAGGGGGAGGGCGACGAGGGGAGCGCGGCGUCGACUGGUACUAUUACCGCUGCCGUCAGUGGCGAUGAGACAGGGCCUGAGACUUCUCUGGGGCUGGGCGCGGGAAGUGGGAAAGGAGGAACAAGGGAGAGCGAGGAGGGUGGGGCCGAUGAUGACGGGGAGGUGGCGAGCGAGGGGGAAGGUCCCGGGUUGGAGGCGAGUGGAAACGCCGCGGUGAGGCGGAGCAGCGUGGCACAGGAUGUCAUUGCGAGGAAGGGGAGUUAUGGGAGGUUCGCGCAGAGGUGGUUUAGUCGGGCCGGGUGGGCGAUGGAUCAGAAAAGAAAUAUGGGGUUGAGCGCGGAUGAGGGUUCUUCUGGUGUUGGGAAUAAGGGGCCUAGUGAGGGCAAGGAGGCGCAGGUCAAGUCCGGGCCGGCGGACGACACCGACGGCAAAGUUACCGCCAUAAGCCUGCUGCCCAAGCUGCUGCGGACGAGCCAGAUCCUGUUUGGGUCCAGCAAGACGUUCUAUUUCGCCUAUGACCUCGACAUUACGCGCAACAUGACGAAUCCGAAAGUGCCCGAGACACCACUGAUGCCACUGCAUGAACAUGUCGAGCCAACGUACUUUUGGAAUCGGAACAUUAUGCAGCCUUUUAUCGACGCCGGAAUAGACAGCCUUGCUCUGCCCCUGAUGCAAGGCUUUGUGGGGCAGAGGACGUUUGUUGUGGAUAGCAACCCUCCACAGGUCGAUGACGGCGCGCCCAAGAACUCGGUUGAGCUUAGCGACUUCGCCUCGUCUAGGGCUGCGUCGCCGUCGCCGUCGCCUUCGAACAAGCCCACCGCCGAGAUGCGGCCGACCGAGAAGCCGUUUGACAUCACAAUCAUCUCGAGACGCUCCAUCAAACGCGCCGGGUUGAGGUACCUCCGUCGUGGCAUUGACGAGGACGGCAACGUGGCCAACUCGGUUGAGACAGAGCAGAUUCUAUCACCCGCAGACGCGGCUUGGGACCCGAACGCCAAGGUGUACUCGUUUGUGCAGACAAGGGGGAGCUUUCCGCUCUUCUUCACGCAGUCGCCCUACUCGCUGAAACCGGUGCCCGUAAUGCAGCAUUCCCCUGACUCGAACUUCGCGGCGCUGAGGGAGCAUUUUGAGGGGCUGCGCCGGCGGUACGGCUCGGUUCAGGUUGUCAACCUGGUUGAAAAGCAUGGCGUGGAGGCACCCAUCGGCGAACUGUACGAGCAGAGUGUCAAGCGACUCAAUGAGGAGUCCGGUCCGGAGGUGGACAAGGUUAGGUUUGAGUGGUUCGACUUUCACAACGUCUGCCGCGGCAUGAAGUUUGAGAACGUCUCGUUUCUCUUGCAGACCCUGGGCGGUCAGUUGGAGGAGUAUGGGAGCUCUGUCUCUGUCAACGACCAACUCGUUGCCCAGCAGAAGGGAGUGUUCCGGACAAACUGCAUGGAUUGUCUGGACCGGACCAACGUGUGCCAGAGCUCGUUUGGCAAGUACAUGCUGGACCUGCAGCUUAAAGAGCAAGGGUUCGAUAUGGGCACGCAGGCGGAUCAGGUGAAUGCCUGGUUCAACACGCUGUGGGCUGACAAUGGCGAUGCCAUUUCGAAGCAGUAUGCUUCCACCGGUGCAAUGAAGGGCGACUACACAAGGACGAGGAAGCGGAACUACCGAGGCGCAUUGACUGACGCUGGCUUGUCCUUGACUCGUUUAUUCAAUGGCAUGUUCAACGACUUCUUUCUGCAAGCCAGCAUCGAUUUUUUGCUCGGCAAUGUCACUGCUCUCGUAUUUGAGGAGUUCGAGGCCACCAUGAUGACCAAGGAUCCGGCGGUAUCCAUGCAGAACAUGCGCCAGCAGGCCAUCGACCUCUGUCAGAAGCGCGUGGUAGCUGACGAGUCUGAGGAGUUCAUCGGCGGCUGGACGAUGCUUACGCCUCGGGUGCCCGAUACGGUGCGGAGUGGGUCGAUGGAGGAGGCAGUCCUUCUCCUCACCGAUGUAGCGCUGUAUCUCUGCCGGUUUGAUUGGAACCUGGACAAGGUGUCAUCCUUCGAACGAGUGGACCUGGCUCAUGUUCGAAAAAUCAAAUUCGGAACAUAUAUCACAUCGACCAUGUCCGCGGCCCAGACCGAUGGCAUGCGCAACGUUGGCCUGGUCAUCGAGUACCAGCCCGGGCUGACCGAUAUUACGCGGGUCAACACGCGAUCGUUGUCCUCCAUGUCGGACACGCCAAAGGCGCACGGUUCGGAUGAAGCUGCCAAACAGGAUGCUGAAUCAGGACCCGCUGAACCAGCACCGGCAGCAGCAACUUCUGGUUUUGCCGGGUUCUUAUCUCGCAAGCCGCAGGCCACUCCGCCCCGCAAGAUCGCCCUCAAGGCACUGCACAGCCAGACAUCGGCGGCCGAUCCCAUGGCCAAGAGUAAGCAGGACGAGCCGGGCGCCAUAACCCGCCUGACCGAAAUCCAGCAGGUGGUGUUGGUCUCGUCGGAAAUCGAAAGGCUGGCCAUUCAAAACCAGCCUCGGCUGGCGGGGAAGAGCCCAGAGGAGGCAAGCCUGAUCGAGAAAGGUGACAUUAUCUCGCUGGCGGAGGCGAAGAAGAAUACGACGCUUCUUGAGCAGCUGGGGCAUUCCAUCAAGAGGCUGGUUUGGGCGUAG